AUGAAGAAAAAACUUUUAUUUAGGGGGGUGGAUGAGUCUCUCAAGUAUGAGGUGAUAGAUGUUGCCUUUCAUAUGCAUAAGAAGGAUGUUAUCUCUAAUCUAGAAGUCAAAGGAAACACCAAAGGGUUCCCACUCAAGUUCCUCAUAGAAAGAGCCUAUAGUCUUAUGAAUGCUCAGAGCUGGAAGGCUUACUAUGCUGUGAUUGCUUUGGCUAUUUACGAAAUCUUUCUAUUCCCCAAUUUGGACGAUUUCAUAGACAUGACUGUCAUUAGCAUCUUUCUCACAAAAAAUCAAGUACCUACCCUUUUGGAUGACGUAUAUUAUUAUCUGAGUUGGAGGCAUGAGAAGAAAGGGUGGAUGAUUGCUUGUUGUUCUCCCCUAUUAUACAAAUGGAUGUUAACCCAUCUUUCUAAGGAGGGACCUUUUAUGGAGCAAAAGAAUGCCAGUUGGACCCAUAAGCUAGGUUCACUCCUAUCCAAUGAUAUUUCAUGGUAUUAUAGGGAGUACGAUGGAGUAGAGAUCAUAUCCAGUUAUGGAGACUUUCCCAAUAUACCACUUAUCGAAACUCAAGGUUGCGUCAAUUAUAAUCUAGUUUUAUCUAUGAGACAGCUUGGGUACCCAAUGGAGGAUCCUCCUGAGGAAAAACCACUAGAAGCACUUUUACUAAGUGAUUUAGGGAUUGAGAAUCCUGCUCUAUUCAAAACAAUUAAGAAAUCAUGGGAGAAUAUCUUCAGGAAGGGAAAGGUUGACUUAGGAAAGAAGAACUAUAUUUCUAAACAACCUUAUCUUCAAUGGAUAAAGGAUAGAGUAAGGUUGAUCAAAAUGUCGUUCAAAGUUGAGAUUCUUGUUCCUCGCCCAGAGCCUUAG